AGCCUCAUUGUAUUGAUCAUAACUCGAGUGUAAGGAUUAUUCUUCGGCCAAUUUAACUCCUGAUAUGCCUGCUACCUACACAAAAGUACUGAGAUUUAUCAACAUAGAACAUCAGUCCAUCUCACGCGCGCUUUCAAUCGGAGUUGUUAAAUAUUAAUACAUGUAUUACGACAGUACAGCUGUUCUGUAUCUAGUGGUAACGGUCAGAAUGUGAUAAAGUUGGGAGUUAUAUAUACGUGUGAACCAACGGUGGUGUUCAGCAGAAUUUUAAAAUAGAAACGAAAAUGGAUCGUUAAGAAAUGAAUUGACUGGGUUUCUUCACAGUUUACCGAGGUGGAUCACAUAAUGGGGUGCAUGUUAGAUAAAUGUGUUAAAGAGAAACCUCUAGAAAACGAAAUCCCGACCCUCUCGGAUUGGAACCCGGGGGAGGAGCCUCAUCUUACCGAUGAGGAGGUUAAGUUGUUAGAGGGUUGUUGGAUUACCCUCAAGGAGGAUAUAGAGAAAGUGGGCGUAAUAACCUUUAUUGGAUUGUUCGAGACACAUCCGGAAGUUCAAGAUUCUUUCCUGCCAUUCCGCCAACUUAGCAAAACUGAUUUGGAACUGAGUGCUAUUCUGAAAAGUCACUCUCUGAGGGUGAUGGGGACAGUUGAUAAAUGUAUUGCUCGAGCGUCCCAGCCGGACAAACUACGGGACCUGAUGUCAUCUUUAGGACAGCGCCACCUAAACUACAACGCGCAAAUUGACUUUAUUGACAUGGUCGGACAACAAUUUGUAUUCGCAAUUGAACCGCACCUGAAAGACAGCUGGUCCCAGGAGAUGAGCGAUGCCUGGUUGAAGCUAUUCCGAGUGAUGACUUAUUAUAUGACAAUAGGAAUGCAAUCAACACAAAAGAAAACAGCAUGACGUCAUACUUUGGCACACCACUACAAACUUACAGCGGGCUGUUAACUUUCUUUAUUGCUGAACUCGUCCAUGCGAUGCCUUAAUUUUGUUCCGUUAGUGUAUUGUUUGAAGAAUAUUAUAAUAUUUAUCAAUGGUGAAGUCAUGGUUUCCAAUUGUUCUUUGAACAUAUUUAUUUAGAUUGAUGUUGAAGUUAUUUCGAACAUGGUGUGUCAUUUGUGCUUUGAAUGAAGAAUCACAUCUUUGUUGCCCAACGGUCCAGACAUAGAUAUGAUAUCAUUUCCCCGGUCAUGUGUCAGUUUAUGUUGAAAGUCUUGCUGCGUCUUUAGAGGACUGGUAUAGUCUAGAAUUGAUAACUGUAAUAAGCAAGGAAAAGUAAAAAGUGUAUUAAUGUGUCAUGAUUAAAAUGUUUCUUUCAAUAUAAAAGUAUUUUUCACGCAUACUAAUUAAUUUGAAUUGAGAUGAGUUCAUCAUCUUUUUGCAUCCAUUGUCUAAAUUCUAAUAAGUUAAGUUAGUAUGAUUGAUGACUCAUCUCUACUACUCUGUGAUCAGGUCGGUGUGUGAUAAUAUGUAUCGUACGUCCGAUGUAGGAUUUAGAUUUUUGUGUAAUCAUGAUAUCUAUAUUAAGCACAAAGGUAUUGACAUAUUGACAUACCUUUAAAGACUGAAGGAAUUGUGAAACAGCUCAAGUAUUCCUCGCAGAAAGUGCAGCUUCCAACUUUAAUUGGCGUUAUUUUUAAAGUUGAAGAAUAAAAGAUUGUCAUUAAUUUUUGGGUUUGUUUUUUAGACAGCGAAAUUUACAACUGUAUAAUUAUCCAUUUUAUUUAAUUUUUGAGUUACAAUGUUAGUUGUAGUCAUGUAACGUAUACAGUUAAUGUCCUAUGUUACUGAACGUAGUGGUUAUGAUGUUAAAAUUAAGUUUCAGUUAAUGUAAUAGUGAAAUAUAGUUAACACGAACUAACUUGAUGAUUGUAAUGUUAUUGAAUAGGACAUUCAUGGAACUAUAAUUAUUGUUUUCCUUUAUAAUAAUAACAUUUUAAUUAGGUUAUGGAUGGCUUGCACAGCACACUUAUCUUAUUUAAUUGAUUAGAUAUUAGAAGGAUUGAACAUAUAUCUGUAUUUAUGUUUUCUGUUCUUGAGUUGUAUAAGGAAACUUCUUUAUUCUGUAUGCUUUGUUCCACAACUCAUGGUUUGUUAUUUCUGAUCGACAUUAUAAAAAAAACUCUUCUUGCAUCCGAAACUACUAACAUAAAAAUGUGUUACCUAUAGAUGUUGGUUUUUGGUAUCUAAACAAAUAAGCACGACAGUUUUUUUCCCUGUUAAAUGUGGCUAAUGUACACGAAAUGAAUUUAGAAUUAUACAACCUAUUUGAAUCAUGUUCUCUACAUAAUCAUAUUGAUAUCAGAUGAUUUGAUGUAUAAACUAGAUUUUAAAUUUAUUUCUGUCAUGUGUAUCAGUGUUUUUUUCAGUGUUGUGUAUUUAUUUGAUAAUUCCAUUGUAACAUUUAGAGUUGUGUAUUGAUAAAUUACAGUGUAUCAUUUUAAGUUGUGUAUUGAUAAAUUGCAUUGUAUCAUUUUGAAGUUGUGUUAAUCAAUUACAUUGUAUCAUUUUAAGUUGUGUAUUGAGUUGAUAAUUACAUUGUAUCAUUUUAAGUUGUGUAUUGAUAAAUUGCAUUGUAUCAUUUUAAGUUGUGUAUUGAUAAAUUGCAUUGUAUCAUUUUAAGUUGUGUAUUGAUAAAUUGCAUUGUAUCAUUUUAAGUUGUGUAUUGAUAAAUUCCACAGUGAGUAUCAUUUAACGCUGUAGUUUCAUAGUAAGUUUCAUUUCAACGAAAUGGUAUGUAAGUAAAAUGAAAAUUUGUCUCAGGUCCUGAAUUGGCGGAAUACCAUUGAAGUAGGGGAACGUUGAAUCAGAAAAGUUACUGGAAACCAGAAGCAUUUAAAAGUAUGUAUUGAUACGCGUGCCUUCAUUACAGCAAAUCACCAUCUACUCAAUUUGUAUAUCAUGUGAUUAUGUACUUACAUACAGAUAUGCCCAUUUUAAAGUGUGUAUUAUAGUCAUUAAACAUUUCACGAAUUUAUGACAAUUCGAUGUCCAGUCGUCGAUAUUUUUAACAUUUUAUGUACAAAAUGUAUAUCCAACAUACCUAGAGCAAAUUUCGCUCAAUAGACUAGCUUUACCACAUCGAUAGGCUGUAAAAAUAAAACAAACAAAAAACGAUUAUGAUAAAUAGAUCAGAUAAAACGGAUAGUACAUUAUGGAUAUAAUUAUAAAAACUCAACCAAUGACAUUAUUAUAGUCUAUAACUAAGUCAAGUCACUGGCAUCAAUAGAGUUGCCUUAGUUUUCAGCGGCUUCGUAUUGGUUCGGGACAUUUUGUAAUCCGAAAAAAAAGUUUAUCAACGGUUUCCAUUACAGACGAGAGUGCAAUUUCAGAUGACUGGAGUAACGAGGCCUCACUAAUUAGAGAAAAACUAAUUAUUGUAGAUAAAACAUGUAUAAUUUAGCACCAGUCUUCUGUAGAAGACAAGUGAAUGACUCCGAAACUCCAGAACCAGGAAAUACUCACUACAUUGUGUUUUUAUUUACGUUUUGCAUCAGGUUGUUGAGUGAAAUAUUUGAGUAAAGUGGACUUAUUAGGAGAAUACUGCUCUUGCUAAUUUGAAAUUGUAACAAAGUGAAUUAGACAAUGUGUCAGAAUGUUCCGAGGCAGGAUAAGACAAGUAUUGGCGUACUAUUAUAGAACUCCUACAAACUAAUACGUUUCUCCACUCGAGGAGUCAGGUUUUUUAUUGUACAUGUAAUAAUGAUAUUGUGCAUUGUUUAUUUAAUAAAUUUAUUGACACUAAUGAAA